AUACACCAACAUGCAUAUUCGGGACAACGCGCUGAGAGCUGCUGUGGUAGUGGCUUUGGCUACGAUAGCCAACGCGUCAUUGGGCGACCGCUUGCCAGACUUCAAAGAAUGCGUCAAGAAAGAGCAAGGAACAAGAGGAUACACAAGAUGCAAGCAACAACAGAAGCUCAUACAAAGCUACAUCAACAGCUNNCUACAACACCGCCUUCUUCUCUGGGAUUGCCCCUCCGAAUGCGACUACUCCUGUCAACACAUCGUCACCGAUACACGCCUCGCCCGCGAACCUCCUUACCGCGAACCAAUCCUCCAAUUCCAUGGCAAAUGGCCUUUUUACAGGUACCUCGGGGUGCAAGAGCCGGCCUCUGUCAUGUUCUCGCUGCUCAACUUUCUGGCCCAUGACCAUGGUAUGAAAGUGCUGAGAGAAAAGGUGCCAGCAAGCUAUCCUCUGCGAAAGUUCUACCUUGGCUUUGGAUACUUUGGACUUGCGAGUUGGAUCUUCAGUUGCGUUUUCCACACGAGGGACUUCUCAAUUACAGAGAAGCUGGAUUACUUUGGUGCUGGCGCAUCAGUUCUAUAUGGCCUGUUCUUGUCUGUGGUGAGGGUGUUCCGUCUGGACAAGAACACGCCGAAACGGUCUAGUGUGCUCAGGGCUUGGAUCUUGCUCUGCAUCUCGCUUUACCUCGCUCACAUCUCUUACCUCUCUUUCUGGCGCUUCGACUAUACCUACAACAUGGCUGCCAAUGUCAUGGUGGGUAUCAUUCAGAACCUCAUCUGGAGUUGGUUCAGUAUUAGCAGAUACCAGAAGACGAAACGCAUGUGGGCGGCUUGGCCUGGUCUGAUUGUCGCCUGGGUUAUCCUGGCGAUGAGUCUGGAGUUGUUUGACUUCCCGCCUUGGUGGGGUGCAGUGGAUGCCCACAGUUUGUGGCAUAUGAUGACUGUUUUUCCUACGCUCUGGUGGUAUAGG